AUGUCUAACAAUGAAAGAGUAGCCGAGGACAGAUCACUCUCGGGAUGGAGAUUGUCAGGUUUCGAUGACUCCAACUGGGAAAAUGCUGUCUCGGCUUUCCGUCCGGCCAAGAUGCUGCCAAUGCUGAGUCCGUGGAAAUUGACCGAGCGAACUAUCCCUGUGCUCCCAGAGAUCGAGGGAACCUUUGAUGGAAUUGUGAAAUGCCAGGGAUCAGUUUCUCACGAUCAGUGGACCGACUUGAUCAAAAAGGGCACCCCCGUCAACAUCCCCGCGGGCGAAAGCGCAAUCGUGGACAUCGAAUGCCUUUCAUUGACAACUGCCUUUGUGAAUCUCCAAUGCGCAGGCGGAGUAGGGUCAACCAUCACGAUCCUCUAUGCCGAAUGCUACGAGAAAGAUCUCGGCGUCGAGACCGCACCAUUCCCCAUGCCUCGAACCAAAUCUCUUCGAUCAGAUAGCAGCGGUCGACUAUACGGCGUGAAAGACGUAUACACAGUGACCGAUGGAGAACGCGACCAAACCUUUGAGCCAUUCUGGUUCCGCGCAUUUCGCUACAUCCAAUUGCACAUCCAAACCACCUCACACCCCUUGACCCUCAACGCAUUCACGCUACGAGAAACAUACUACCCGCUCGAGAUCUCGACCCAAAUCCAAGCCGGGCCUGAGCUCGACCAGAUCUGGGCCGUCAGUAUGCGGACCUUGCAGAACUGCCGGCAUGAAACAUACGAAGACUGCCCAUUCUACGAACAGAACCAAUUCGCCUCAGACUCCCGCCUCCAGAUGCUGUUCACCUACCAGAUCUCGUCAGAUGACCGACUCGCGCGCAAGACGCUGGAAGAGUUCCACGCCAGCCGGUGUCCGGAUGGACUCAUCAAGGCGCAAUUUCCCGCCGGGUUCCGGAGUAAGCAGAUCCCGCAGUUUUCGCUAUCCUUCGUAGCGAUGGUGUGGGAUCAUAUGCGAUAUUUCGGGGACCGCACACUCGUGCGCCGGUAUCUGAGCACUAUUGACGGGAUUCUCGGGCAUUUUGACGAACGCAUUAACGCCCUCGGACUCGUCGGGCACUUCGAUGACGACACCUGGCCGUUCGUCGAUUGGGUGCCCGAGUGGACGGUGCCGGGGAAUAUCUUCCACUCCUGCAUGCCGCGGUCCUACCAUGCCACCGGGGCUGCGACCAUCAACAGCCUCGUCUACAUCCUGGGGUUGAUGCAGGCGGCGGAGGCGUGCGAGUUCGUGGGGCGCCACGACACCGCGGCCGAAUACCGGCGUCGGGCGCAGGAGCUCCGAGAUGCCGUGAACACCCACUGCUACGACGGGCUGUACCUGGACGGACCCUCCUCGAAGGAGUAUAGUCAGCACAGCCAGGUAUUUGCCGUUCUCUCCGAGACGGUGACGGGCCAGCAGGCGCGGGAGGUGGUUGGGCGGCUGGGAGAGACGUCAUUGGUGCGGUGCUCCAGCGCGCUACAAUUCUACGUCUUCCGGGCAGUGGAGAAGGUGGGUCUGUACGAUGGACUGUUUGGGACGCUAUUGGAUCCCUGGCGCAGGAUGCUGGCAGAGCAGUUGACCACAUGGGCGGAAUUUGAAGAUAAUCCCCGGAGCGAUUGCCAUGGGUGGAGUGCGUGUCCAAUCAACGAGAUCGUCACGCAGAUUUAUGGCGUCAAGCCUGUGCGACCCGGUCAACGGCUUCGGAUCGAGCCUCGGGUGGAACUGCUGGCGCGGGCGGAGGGUACCUUUGCCACUUCUGUUGGCCAUGUCCGGGUGCGCUGGGAGCAGGAUUUGGAGGUGGAGGUUUCGGAGGAUGUCGAGGCAGAAAUUGUCUUCCGAGGGUCUGUGUACCCGGUGCAUUUCACGGGGGGCAAGGCAUUAACGUUCCCAUAA